AUGUCCAUUACUUUUUUUUGUUUAUAUUCUUCAGUAUCUUCAUUAUCAAAAAAAACAAAUAUUGAAUGUAAUACUGAAUUAAAAGGAAAGGGAUUUGGCCCAUCUACGAAUUUAACCAUUUUUGCACAAUAUGAAGCACUCUGUUCUAUUCCAUAUGGAUUCAGUUCAAGUAAAGGUUUUAUAGUAUCAGUUUUUGGAAUUGUCGAUACUUCAUUCAAUUUCAAUGGUUAUUCAGCUUAUGAUUUGGAUAUAGCUGUUUCAAAAGUUAUAUUUCAACCAAUCAAACUAUUACUUUACCAUAUAUUGAAAAUUUAA